UAUGCGAAAUAUAUUUUAUACAUUUAAUCUAUAUGAAAUAUAGAUAUUUACAUCUAUAGACAUGUAUAGAUAUUGCACCUAGAUUUCAUCUAGAUUUAUAUUUCAUCUAUCUAUCAAGAUGAAACAACAUAGAUGGCAGGAGCCAGGCCCAGGUGGAAGGAGGAGCGGGAGGAACCAGCUCCUGCCGCCGGGAGCACUGCCACCCAGCCUCCAGGCUAGAGGUUAGGGGACCACUCUAGACCUGGGAGGAACACUGGCCAGAGCAAGAAAGCUGGGCGCACAGGUGGAGUGCAGGAUGGGAUGGGAUCCAAGCCGGAGGAGCGGCAGCUGACAUUUAUCCAGAGUGGCAAUUGUUCAGGCUUAUCUGAUAAAUGGGGAAAGGUUGCCAUCCUCACGUCACAGCUGAUGAAAGUGUGGCGGGUCAUACCUUACUAGGGGUGGAGAAGCAGGAUCAGAACCAGCACAUGCAGCCCAUGGCCUUUGCACAGGAGCUCCUCACUGCUGAGCAGAGAAGGCUCAGAGAAAUGCCAGGUAGGAAGCCUAAUAAGUAAUGGCCGAAGGAAGAGAGGAGGGAAGUGGCAGGCUUCAUUAGAAGGAAGGGCACUGAGGACUCGCGGAGAAGAUGGGACAGCGGCAGGAGUGAGGGUGGCUGCCGCAGCUGGAACGGCCAGUCCUGACUCAGCUCAAGCAGACAGGGCGGAGCAGCGGCCCUGGAGGCAGGGCCCGGCCUUCAGCAAACUGGGGUCCUGGCCCUACCUACUUGGGUACAUCCAGGUUCUGUGACCUGGGCAAGUUCUCUUCCUCCUUUAAGCCUUAGUUUUCUCCUCCGAGCUUCGGUUUCCUUCUAUGCUUAGCAGAGUUAAAAACACGCCUUUUGCCUUGCACCGAGGUUUGUGCGCCCGGUAUUUGACAAUGCGCCUGUUUUUCUGGUACACCUGGUUGUGCAAUGUCAGCGUCUAGAAGUCGCUGAGCAGCGAAAGCGGAAACACCCACAGGGCGCUCCUCGGGCCCACCCACCUGCGGGAGGCGCCCCGAGACUGAAAGGCGGCCGCGCCCGGGGCCUCUGCGCUCUGCCCCUGGCCUCCCGCACGGAGCUCGCUCGGAGGGCGCCCCAUCCACUGCCCUCCACAGCCUCAGGGGCCAGGGCGAGGCCAGGGGAGCAGAGGGAGCUGCCAUGGCGGAGCCGGAGGCCGUGGCCGACGACCUAGACGCCCUCAUCGACGACCUGGACUACCUCCCGGGCCACUUUCACCUGGAGAUGCAGUUGAACUUCGAGCCGCGCUCGCCGACCACGCAGCGCGCCCGGGACCUGAAGCUGCAGCGGGAGGGUCUGCGGCAGGAGCUUGAGCUGGCGGCCGCCCCGCAGCGCCCCGCCGUGCGUCACCUCCUGGGCGCUUUCGCCUUCUACCUGGAGGAGCUGGACGAGGCCCGCGAGCGCUUCCUCGAGGUGGCCCACGAGCACCCGGGCAACCUCAACGCCUGGGCCAAUCUGGCACACGUGUACGGGCGGCUGGGCCAGGAGGAAGAGGAGGAGGCUUGCGCCGUGCGGCUGGCCGGCCUCAUGGGCCUGGCGGGGGAGCCCGAGGCCGCCGGGGACCCCCAGCUCCGUGCCGCUCGCUGCCUGGCAGAGCAGGGCUACGCGCACGGUUUCGACGUGGGCUGCGUCAGCCCAGAGGAGCGCGCGCGGGGGCUGGCGGCGGGCAUCGCACUCUACGACAAGGCGCUGGGCUACGGGCAGCAGAUCCCGAUGGAGGAGAAAAGGGGCUGGUAUUUCACCAUGGCAACACUCUACAUCAGACUAGAUGGCAUUCUCCUGGAGCUGGGCAGUGAGGAGCAGAAGAGGCUGCCCGCCUUUAACCGCACCCUGGCCCUGCUCCGGCAAGUGCUCAAGUCUGAGGACCCCCACCACCGAGCCCUGGCCUGGUGCUACCUCGGAAUGCUGCUGGAGCGGAAGGACACCUUCUCCACCACCCCCAUGGGCAUCCACGACUGUGGGUACUCGGGGACCGACCCUCUGGACUGCUUCGGCAAGGCCAUCGAGAUUGCCAAGAACCAACCGCCCGUCCUCAAUCGCCUGGCCAAAAUCUUCCACUUCCUAGGAAAGCAGGAUAUGGCCAUUGGAACCUGCAACAUGGCCCUGGAUGCCCUACGAGAUCCUGAGCUCAACUGGCAGGCGUACUGCACACGGGCCAAGAUCCACAUCAGAACCUACCUGCACGACCUGGAGCGGGCCAAGAUGGGUCUCGGGGGCAUGCCUGACAGGAACCACCUGGCCUGUGCCAAGGCUGACCUCGAGGAAGUGGUCAGGGUGUGCCCAGGCUUCAGGACAUACCUGGACAUCGGCCAGGUCUACUACUACAUGGGCGUGGACGCGGUGCAGGAGCUGCUGGCGGUGGACGAGGCGGCGCUCAACCAGGCGCUGGUGUUCCUGGCCAAGGCGGGCGAGUCGGAGCUGGGCGCCGCUCUGCCGGAGCUGCAGCUGCUGCGGGGCAAGUGCCUGCGCAUCAAGGGCGAGGACGCCAACGCGGCGGCCUGCUUCAAGCGCGCGGUGGAGCUGGACGACGCGGGCUCCAGCCACACCGAGGGCUUCGGCUGCCUGCUGGAGGCGCUGCUGGCGCAGUGGAGCCAGGCGCAGCUGAGCGACGCCGAGCUGGGCCGCGAGGUGGACGCCUGGCUGCGCCGCGCCCAGGACAAGUACCCCGCAGCGCGCCUGCGCCAGGAGCUGCAGCGCGUGUGGCGCGGGCACACGGACGAGGUGCUGGGGCUGGCCCGGGCCCUGGUGGCCCAGGGACGGCCCGCGCUGGUGCGGCUGCUCUUCGAGACCAUGGAGCGCGAGGGCGAGGCCGCCAGCGCGCCGCGGGACCGCCGGGCGGUCUCCUUAUAGGGCGUGGGCGCCCAGGCCCGAGGCUCCCAGGGACCCCGCCGCGGCGCCCGAGGCUGAUGGGGCCAGGUCCGCACGGCCCCCCUGCCUUCGGCUGGCCGGGGAGAGGAGCCAGUUCGAGUCUCUGUCGGGAAUUGUGAAUGGGGACGUUGCGACACCGGGCGGUUUGAAAUAUGCCCACCCAGACUGGAGGCCUGAUUCGCCAGAGCAGGAGGGGCUGGGAGCAGAGGUGAGAGAACGCCGCGAAGCUGCCAGCUGAGGGACAGAAUCUUCUAGACAUACAGGUAAAAUAAGGUGGUUGUGAGGCUCCCGAGAGAAAUAGAAGACACGUGCCUCAGUGUGGCCGUUUUCUAGUCCAGGCGCUCAAUCCCUCAGGUCUGAGCGCCUGUCCCUGGACUCCCGUGGGCCACACUCUGUCCUCACGUGAAAGCCCCCUUUACUUGGCUGGAGUGGGGUCUCAGCUCCCGCAGCCAGAAAAGCUCUGGCUAAAGCAGAGGGCGAGAUUGCACCGCUAGUGAGUGAGGGGACAGGACCUAAGCCUGGUGCUCAGGGCGCAUUCCUGCCUCUCUGCCACUCUUCCAGGAGGGCUCCUCCGUGGUCAGCUUGGCCGGAAAGGCCUCCCAAACGCUCUGAAAUACAGCCCGUGAAUAGAAUCUUCACUUGACUUCCCUGUUCUUAGGGGAACCUAGGGGACCCACCCAUUAGGAGGUGCCACCUACCCCCAAUCGUUUUUUUUUGUUUGUUUUUUUU